CAUGUGUGUUGCUAUGACAAUAUUUCGCUGGUUAAUAUUUGUUUUUGUUGGCAAAAUUUCUUGAUUCCCUUAUAAAGGUUUGAAGUAAUGGAGAAAGAACAGGUAAUUUUUGGUCAAAUUGUUGUCGGUCCACCAGGAUCGGGUAAAACAACUUAUUGUUCAACUAUUCACAAAUUUCUCAAUAAGCUUGGUCGCAAGACUUUUAUCGUUAAUUUAGACCCUGGAAAUGAUGUAUCACUACCCUAUAAACCGGACAUAGAUGUAAAAAAUUUAAUUUCUUUGGAUGAUACUAUGCAGGAACAUAGUUUAGGACCUAAUGGUGGAUUAAUUUAUUGUAUGGAAUAUUUGGAAACUAAUUUAGAUUGGUUGAUCGAUCAAAUCAAGAAAGUUUGCUUCUCUCCUGAAAAUCAGAGGAAAAAAUCUUAUCCCUACUUGAUAUUUGAUUCGCCUGGUCAAGUGGAGCUGUAUGUGCAUAACAAAAGUUUAAAAAACAUAUUGAAAAAUUUAACUAGUCGUAGUGUGGCCGGAUUCGACCUCAGAUUAACAUCAGUCAAUUUGGUUGACUCUUAUUAUGCUAAUGAUCCUGGUAAAUUCAUUUCAGCUCUUCUCAACUCGUUAGCAACAAUGCUUCACCUUGAGCUUCCACAUGUUAAUAUCUUAUCCAAAGUUGAUUUGAUUGAAAAAUUUGGACCCAUCCGUUUCAACAUUGACUACUAUUGUGAGGUUCUUGAUCUCAACUAUUUGAUUGAUCAAAUUAUAGACGACCCGUUCAUGGAAAAGUUCAAAAAGCUAAGUCAAGCUAUAGCUGGUGUAGUUGAAAGUUAUGGUUUGGUAACUUUUGUACCGCUCGAUGUUAACGAUCCUAAAACCAUGUUCAAGGCGAUGAGAUUAAUUGACAAAGCUAAUGGACAUUUUCUCAUAGACAUUGAAACGGAAGAAAAGGUUCAAGAAAUUUAUGAAGAAACUCAAAAUGCCGAUUUCGAUUAUGCAAAAUAUAUGGAAAUUCGCGAAAGGUUGAUAAAAUCUGAAGAUAUUCCUGUUUUACCAUCUUGAAAUUAUCUAAAGUAAUUAAUUAUUCGCCUUUAAUGAUAAUCAAUGGAUCGCUCCAAGAUGUUCAACUCAAUAUGAUAUAAGCUUUUCUUAAAUGAUUUUCUACUUCUCACACAACUUGCUGUAUACUUUCUGUACAUUAUAAUUUUCGAUUUUUAUAGUUCUGAAUAAAAUUAUUAGCUCUCAA